CUUUAACGUUGUGCCGCACCCCGUAGCCUUGCACAGUCACAGAAUCUUGCUUUCCGCAGAGCGGCCUUGCAUGCGUAUCAGCCUCUCCCGCGUAUCAGCUAGCUGCGCAGCUGUGUUGCUUCCUUUCCCUGCACAUUAGGCAGGACCGCCCGGCCGCUCUCUCCUGGCUACUUUCCCGCCUCGUACAGACCGCUCCCCGUUAUCCGACCCCGCUGGGCCCCACCACAGCAUGGCAGCCCCUCCACCCACAGAUGCGAAGGCAGCCAGUCCUGCGAAAGAUCCCAAGCUCGGUGUCCCCAAAGCUGAGAAGGCCGAGCUGCAGGCCGGAGGAGGCAGUGCAGCGGAGGCACAAAAAGCGAGGACCGUAGAGUCGCUGAACUCGACCUUGUCGACAUACCUGAAGACGCUCUACGAAGAGGUAGAGAAGAAGUACAAGCUCGGAUCCAAACAAGGGCUCGCCGAGUGGCUCGCCGAUGAGCAACAGGCACCGGCUGUGGAUGCUGAGAUACUCAAGGAUGGCUCGUUCUCGCAUUUCGCCAACUACUUCACCAGCGGUACGGGGAACGCUAUGAAGCCUGCCGAGGCUGUAGACGGAUCGUGGCCCAUAUCGAACUACUUCAUCUCCUCAAGCCACAACACAUACUUGACGGGAAACCAGCUAGCAAGCGCUGCAAGCGUGGACGCCUACAAGAAUGUACUCAAAAGGGGUUGCCGCUGCGUCGAGGUCGAUGUAUGGGAUGGAGAGCCGCCGUCCGAUUCUGAGUCUAGUUCCGACGAGGAGGCUCAGAAGACGAGCGGCAGUGGGGUGAAGGAGAAGGUGAAAAAGGAAAAGAAGAGCUUGCGCAAGAGGCUUGAGCUACGUUUUGGGCGAAAAGCGUCUCCACCUCCUAAAGAAACUCCAAAAGCAGCUUCUCCACCACCCCCAGCUGCCGAACAACGAAUUGCACCAUGGCGGUCGAACAGUUCUAGCAGGGCUGAGCCGAGGGUGCUUCAUGGCUACACUUUGACCAAGGAGAUGUCAUUCAGAGAAGUCUGCCAGACCAUUCGAGACUAUGCAUUCGCCUCUUCGAACCUCCCUUUGAUUGUAAGCCUGGAAGUGCACACCAGUCCUGCGCAGCAGGAGAUCAUGGUAGAACUCAUGAAGGAGUACUGGAGAGGUAUGUUGGUCGAUCUACCUCUCGAUCCAUCCGAGGCCUCCGAACAGAUCAAACUUCCCACUCUGAAAGAUCUGGAGAACAAAAUUCUCGUCAAGGUGAAGCGCGUGAGCCACAAGCCAAUCGCUGCUGCUGCGAAGCCUGCAACUCUCCAAGCGCCCGCUCAGUUGACCCCCCAGCAAACCAAUGAGUCUGCGCAGUCCGAAAUCAGUUCAGAUUCCGAGGACGCCGGAGUUGCCCCAGAGAAGCCGCCAGCGCCCAAACCCAAGGUCAUUGACGCACUUUCAAAGCUCGGUGUUUACUUCGGGGGUUACCACUACAAAGGAUUGGAUGUCCCGGAGGCCAACAUUCCCACACACGUAUUCUCGCUUUCGGAGAAGACACUUAUGGAAGUCCACGAAACGAGCCCCGCCGCGCUCUUCAAGCACAACAAGAACUUUUUCAUGCGCGCAUACCCCAAGGGCCUUCGAGUGACCUCUUCCAACCUCAAUCCAGCCAUCUUCUGGCGACAGGGUGUGCAGAUAGUAGCUCUCAACUGGCAACGCUGGGAUGGGGGCAUGAUGCAAAAUGAAGCUAUGUUCGCGGGCACAGCUGGAUGGGUGCUGAAACCUGAGGGCUAUCGAGGCGCGAGUUCUGGGACUUUGCCAAAGGAUGCCAUAGAGCACCACAACCUCGAUCUCAGCAUUGAAUUCCUCGCCGGGCAAGACAUUCCGCUUCCUCCCGAAGAAGACGAUCCAAAAGAUUUCAAGCCUUACAUCAAGGUCGAGUUGCACGUCGAGAAGCCUGAGGAAGGGGAGGCCGAGGCAAUUCCAGGAGGCGGGGCGAGCAACAAGGGCGAUUAUAAGAAGAAGACCAGAACUGCAAAGACAACGAAUCCCGAUUUUGGCCGAGAAAUCGUAGAGUUCAAAGGUGUCAAGAGGGUGACAGAAGAAUUGACAUUCGUCAGAUUCAAAGUCAUGGACGACGAGCGUAUCAGCGAUGACCUCGCGGCCUGGGCUUGCUUCCGGCUUGACCGCCUACAACCUGGCAUCCGCAUGCUGCACCUCUACGACUCCAACGGCGUCGUGUCCAAGGGUGUGCUGCUGGUGCGGAUCAAGAAGACGGUUAGUAAGGCGUGAAGACAGCUCUAGCUCCGCUUGCUGCUUCCAUCUGCGCCUCCGUUCGUAACUCUACUGUUCCUGAACUGUACUGGCGCGCCGAGCCGUGAUCCGCCUCCCGGAUCCCGUUCUGUUUCCUUUGUUUCAGACCACGGGGAGUCAAUACUGAUCUGUGGAUGUAGUUCUUCCCUGUCGGUCUUCGGGUUCAUCGUGGGGCCAGUCUAGGACAUGGACGUGGACACCACCUUCCACAGCACAAGCCGGCGCGCCAUCUGUCGCAGAAGCACGCCAGCAAGCAUGGGACGAGUCGCAGUAGAAGCAGUGGGGGUAGGAAGCCUUAGCGUUUGCACUUUGAACCGGUCACUUGAUGCGUUGUGCGUUGAACGUAUACCUCCCCUUUGUGCUGCAUUCGGAGCGAGCAGUGCCUGCAUAGAAAUGAUAUCAUAUUUGCAAC